CUCGUAUUUCUAUUCCUUCAGCCGUCUCCCUCUCGACAUGUUCUUUGCACCGCAGUCUACAAGAAUCACAAUCCCGUAGCCCUUCUAGACAACAAGCCAUACCAGUAACCACUAGCAUCUUCUCGAAUAUGCCUCUAGCUCUUGAGGAACCUUUCCUAUCUAGGUAAGUUAGAAAUAUUUGUGCUAUAUGCACCGUUAGUUGACAUUCUGAAGCAGGACGGCCCAACCAAAGGCGGGAAAGGGGAAGACCUUCUUUGACCUUCCUUUGGAGAUACGCAUGAAUAUAUAUGAAGAGCUUGGCGCCUCAAAGAUCCUCAAAUUCGAUGAAUUUUGGCCAACGUUUCUCAGGAAAGGGACUCUAGGUGCCUACGAGUCGCCGGUUCAAUCGAGAGGCCGAUACAACGGCCUCGAUGUGUUGGCAACAUGCAAAGCGAUCAAGGAGGAAGCCAUGCUCCCCUUACUGAGCAAGGUGACCUUUAGAUGUGCGUCGUGCCUCGACUUUGUCGGCCUAAUGAUGCGGAUGCCCGAAAAUUACCGGCGCUGCAUUCGACAUGUAGUCAUCGUGUUGGACGAUUCCAUGAUCUCGAACGAAUCAUACCUGUGGCGGAAUAUGUUCCCGGUAUUCCCAGGGUUGCGGCUUGAUACGCUCGUUCUAAUUGAGAAAUUCCACAGAACCAAGACGUUCGGUUGGUAUGGUACGAAGGAGUCCAAUGUGGUAGGAGAGGAACGCCUCGUUUUCAAACAGCACCUUCUGGAGAAUGGCAAAGGAUGGAAGGAUUUACGGAUCUUUAGUCGGUACUAUGGGUCGAUCGACAGUACUCUGUCGGAGUUGCACCAAUUCCGUCAUGAUGUGGAUCCCAACGAUGAACCCGAACCACCGUGGACUUCCCUUGCGAAUUUCGGGAACCAGGUGUUGGCAACUCGGGACGGAUCGCAAACUAAACCUCUCGCGAAGCUUUCCCUAAUCACCGAUUGCCCGUCUCACGACGAUAGGCAUUGGUCUGAGUUGGAGAAUUUGCCGCUGUGUCAUCGAGACCCCAAUAACCAGCAAGUUGGAUGGAACCCCCUUCGAAUUAUGCGAGACCAAGGCAUUACCAGUGAAAGAAUGUGGGCGCUACGAUGUGGUACUCGGCCCGAUAAUCAGGGUGUCUGUUUCCACGCUCGUCGAGGAAGGGCAGCCAACUAUGAAGAGGAUGGAGCAGGUGUUGCCCCAGAGUUCAAGAAAUAUAUCGAAAGAACAACCUAUGGUGACUUUCUCGCCUACUGCACGAAGAAGGCGAGAGUUUCAACCAUGGCGAGACAUCGAACCACAGCGACAUUUCCAGCCACGGCAACACUUCCAACAACGGCGACACUUCCAAGCGUACUGAGUGUCCCUAACGUGCCGAGUGUUCCCACUGUGCCGAAUCUUCCAACCGUGCCGAGUGUUCCAACCGCACCCAGUGUUCUAGCCGCGCCGAGUCUUUCAACAGCAGCGAGUGUUCUACCCGCGCCAAGUCUUCCAGCCGCACCGAGCCUUCUAGCUAUAGCGAGUCCUCCAGCCACGGCGAGUCCUCCAGCUACGGCGAGCCCUCCAGCCACGGCGAGUCUUCCAACCACCCCUGCUUGGACGGACGUUCAAAGGAGCUCACCCAAGACCCCAGAAACUAACUGGACAAAGGCUAUGCUUAUAUCAGCCCUCAUCGGUGGCAGCAUCCUAUUUGUCGUCCUCCUGGCGGUCUACGCGUAGACCUUGUGAGAUGGGGGCGCAUGAUGUUAGGCAUUACUAUCCUUCGCGUAAUAGAUCGAUAUAUUCGGAACAACGCAAAUCCAUAGUACUAAUGAAGUAAUAUCCCUCAGGAAAUCUUUUUUUUUGCGGAACAUGGUCUGACAAAGAGGGUAAACUUCUAUGGGAUUUUGAUUUGAUCCCUUGCAAAUGUGGAGUUAUAUCUCACUCUGCCCAGACAGUCGUUUACGGAACAGCAACUGCUUCGAGGUAUCAGGCGUGCA